AUGCUGAAAAGGCAGAUGCUGAGAGUUCCUUCUGUACAAGUGACAGAAACCAUACAAGUGAAGGGGGAAGGUAACAGUGUACUUCAACUUACAAACCUUAAUAUUUCCAUGGACCUUCCUCUUCAGAUGCUAUUAGUGGAAUGGGAUGUUACUGAUGAUUCCAAAGCAAAUCUAUCUGGAACAGAAGUGGUUUUUAAUAUCCAAGUCUAUAGAACUGAAGAGAAUAAUAUUGUCUUUUCUGAGAAUUAUGGAACAACUCUCAAUAAAUCAGAUCAACCUCUGAAAUGGAGCUGGUAUUCUGAAGUACGGUUAGAGUGUGUGAUACAUGGAGUAAGAGUCAGGGGCAGGGUGACACGUUCUGAACAUUGGAGUAAUUGGAGUCCAUGGGGGAAGGUGGAUGGCCUGAAUGCCCUGUCUGACAGCAAUAGUUACAUUUUCCCAAGGUCCAAGAUUGCUGAAGAAGGUUCCAGUGUCACUUUUUGCUGCAUUGCGAAGAAAAACAAACAUGUAACUUCUUAUUUAUUUUACAAGAUAAUUAACACUCCAAGGCAACAAAGAAUAACAUUUACUGAAGAAAAUGUUCCACGUUCACAUCCAGAUCCCAUCCUGGUGGCUUGUAAUUUCUCUGACAGCAUGGACAAUGAUUUGACAUACUUUUAUGUGACCAGACAACCUGAUAUACCCAAAGAUCUAUCCUGCGAAACACAAGACAUGGUGAACUUAAAGUGUACUUGGAACCCUGGUCAAAUAGAAACUUACAAUAAUCUUAAAAACUGUCGAGCAAACUUCAUUUUGUCUGAUAGGUCUUCUUCGAAAACGUAUUGCAAUUGCAGUGACAUGUGCCAAAAUUCAUGCUCAUUUGAGAUUGGAGAACAAGUGUUAUACAAUUUAAGCCUGACAUACAAAAAUUGUCUUGGGCAGAAAGAUACUCACCUGUUUUUUGAUGUAACCAACAGAGUUCGUCCUGAGGUCCCGUCUCAUCUCUCAAGUUCUAAAAAUGCUACCAGCAUCCAGUUGUACUGGCAUAUAAACUGUAUAAAGGCAAUGCCAUUUCUAUUGUGCCAAAUUUACAUCUCUUCUCCUGGUGUGGAAGAUGAACAGCGCAAUGUUACAGCACAUUGUAUUACAAAUCCCCACAUUAGCCUAGAUGGGCUGCAACCUUACACAAACUAUUUCCUAAAAGUACGCUGCAGUGCACCCAAUGGAUCCUUCUGGAAAUGGAGCAAAUGGAACAAAUGGUUAAUUAUCCAGACAAACGAAUCCGCUCCAUCAGGUCAGCUGGACAUUUGGAGAGACAUUAGCCUGGAUUCAAACAAAAGGCAUGUAACUGUGUUCUGGAAGGAAUCGCCAAGCUUUCAUGCUAAUGGAAAAAUUAAGAGAUAUGAGAUAUUCUUGGAAAAUUUAGAGGAACCUGUUGUGUCUAAUCAGAAUAACUUCAUGAUUGAAACAAAGAACUACACAUCCAUUCUUCUUGAUAACCAUUCUUACAAAAUCAGUGUUUCAGCAAGGAACUCUGUAAACACAUCCUCUCCCUCAGUGAUUAUGUUGGGAAGUGAAGAGAAUGAUGAAAUGAGUUCAAGCAAAGAAACGACAGACAACAAUACAGCAAAUAGCAUAUAUAUUUCUUGGAAGCCUCAAAGCAAGUUUGAUGGCUAUGUUGUUGACUGGUGCAAUGUCCCAAAGUCUCACCCUUGUGAUUUUCAAUGGAUGAAGUUUGGGCGAAAUGAUUCCAGUGCUCUCAUUUCAUCUGAAGCUUUCAGGCCCGGGGUGAGAUACAGUUUCAGGGUGUAUGGAACACAAGGUGAUAGAAGUUAUUUACUGGAAAAGAAGGAGAAAUACCUUAAAGAAUUGGAGCCAAAUCAGGACCUUGACCUUAAAAUAUCUACAGUGACUUCCAAUUCAGUUUCAGUAACCUGGAAGUCUUCUCUGCAAGAUUCCCAACCCGGUUUUAUCAGAGGUUACAUACUCUAUGUGAAAAAGGAAUCUGGAAACUGCACAUUAGGGAACAUUGAACCUAUAUUUUCAGAUAAUUCCACGGUAUGCAGAUACAAUAUUACAGAUCCAGAGCAAAGCAGCUUCACAGUGGAACGCCUGGAACCUGACACAGUUUACAAACUUACCGUUCAGGCGUACAGUGUUACCUGGCCGAAGAAAACAGGCAUUUAUUCGCAAGCAACUACACAAUCUGACAUAGGAAAAUGGUUCUUGCAACUCCUUCUGCCUCUAACGGUUGUACCAUUAAUACUUCUAAUUUGUAUGUGCUUCUGGAAAAGUGAUUGUGUGAAGAAUCGCUUGUUCCCUGAAAUCCCCCGUCCUGAUGUGACUCUGAUGUCAAAGAUGAGUGUUGGACUACUAGAAAUCAGCGACAGUACUCCUGACAAAUUAAUUGUGAUGGAGAAGCAGCAGCCAGGUUCCCUUCUAAAGCAGCCGGCGUCAGGAAUGGUGCUAAUUGAAAAUGGGUUGUAUGAUCCAAAGUUUUGCCCGAGUCCACAAGUGCAGCAAGUGACAAGCAAGGAACCCAGCUCACAUUUGACGUCCUACCAGCCACUUGCCAGCUUCUUCAUCAGCUGCUCAUCAGAAACGGCUCACGGCAAUUUAAAUUAUAUCUCUCAUGAAGCAGCAACAUUUUCUGCGGCGCAGCAAUAUGUUGAGUGGUCAACUUACAAACCCCAGCUGUCCCCAGGACCCCAAACAAAAACACCCGUAUUUGAUGAAAAUACACAUUUAACUGCUGCACAGCGGUGAGAUCCAUAGAAGAGUUGCUUCGAGGUAAAUGUUCUAGCUGGACAUUUUAAAUAUCUGAACCCAUACAAUACAA